CGUCAAGUUUGUGUGAAGUUGUGAAAAGUUGUCAACUCGAAAAAAGACUAGAGAAACUCCUCCCGUCUUCAAAUUAUGAGCAAUCAGCAACAGGGUGAAAUGGCCGCUGUGGAGAGCGGUGGAGGCUUCAGUCAAAAGCGAAACACAAAUUCACAAGACUCGCAGCAGCCCUCUCCUCUCGCCUUAUUGGCAGCCACAUGCAGUCGAAUUGACACCCCAGGAGAGGGUGACUCACCUGCAGACCAACAACAACAAAACCAGCAGCAGCUGGACAUAAACCAAGGUGUUUUUCCCUCCACUCCCAACGGCUGGCAGGUUAUCCCUCUGAACGUCCAAGCAUCCUCUGGCACCAACACCAUCACCACCGACUCCUCAGGCAUGAUGACAGGAGGAGAUGCCAGCAAGAACAAACAGCUUCUGUCACCUGCAAGCACUCAGGGGCAGCAACUGCAGCCACAGCAAUAUGUAGUAGCUCAGGCUCCAUCGAUGCAGGGUCAACAGGUCCUUACUACCAUAUCAGGCAUGAUGCCCAACAUUCAGUAUCAGGUUAUUCCUCAGUUUCAGACUGUGGAUGGGCAGCCCCUACAGUUGACACACACCCAGCAGGAUUCUGCUGUACCUGCUGCUGCAGCUACUGGGCAGCAGUUUCAGAUAGUUUCCUCUCCCAACGGCCAGCAAAUUAUUGCUGCAACUAACAGAGCUGGUGCUGCAGGAAACAUCAUAACAAUGCCUAGUCUCCUCCAGGGAGCCAUCCCCAUUCAAAAUAUUAGCCUAGGGAAUGGUGUGUUACAAAACCAGCCCCAGUUCCUGGCAAAUAUGCCUGUUUCACUAAAUGGAAACAUCACCAUAUUGCCUGUUAGUGCUGGAACAAGUGGGACAGCAGCAGAUUCAAAUAGUGGAGGGGAUACAGGCGGAAACCAGCUUGUACAGCAACAACAUCCAACGUCAUCCAACAGCGGGACAGGUUACAUGACAAGUGCAUCCACCGUGACCACGCAGACUUCCUCUUCUUAUGGAAUGACCCAAACACAGAACAGUAACGGAACAGUAGCAGGAACAUUUCAGCAGAAUGCAGCAGCUUCUCUAGGGGUCCCCAUACAACCAGAUAACAGAGACACACAGCAGCCACAGCAGAUCCUGAUCCAGCCUCAGCAGGUAAUUCAAGGUGGAACCCACCUCCAGACCAUCCAGGCUGGUGCCGUUGCCACCGCAGGGGGCCAGGUUUUUGCAGCUCCAACACUCAGCCAGGAAGGGCUUCAGAAUCUUCAAAUCAUGCCAAACACAGGCCCAAUCCUCCUGCGCACUGUCGGCCCCAACGGCCAGGUGAGCUGGCAGACACUUCAGAUCCAGAGUCCUGCAGGUCCACAGAUCACGUUGGCCCCAGUGCAGUCUCUCCCUCAGCUGGGUCAGGCUCAGGGAGCUGCUGGAGCUGGAGGAGUUUCAGUCAACACAGUGCAGAUCCCCGGCAUUCAGACCAUAAAUCUGAACACACUUGGAGGCUCUGGGCUGCAGAUGCACCAGCUGCAGACAGUUCCCAUCACCAUCGCCAGCACAGGAGGAGACCAGGCCUUACAGGCAGGAGGGGAAAGUUUGGAUGACAGCACAGCAAUGGAUGAUGAGGAUAUAAGCCCACCACCACAAGGACGACGUAACCGCAGGGAAGCCUGUACCUGCCCCUUCUGCAAGGACGGCGAAGGACGCAGUGACCCAACUAAAAAGAAGCAGCACAUCUGUCACAUCUCUGGCUGUGGGAAGAUCUACGGCAAAACAUCCCACCUGAGGGCCCACCUCCGCUGGCACACAGGAGAACGACCCUUCGUCUGCAGCUGGUCUUUCUGUGGGAAACGGUUCACUCGUUCAGAUGAGCUUCAGCGCCAUAAGAGGACACACACAGGUGAGAAGAGGUUUGUUUGUCCAGAGUGUCCCAAACGCUUCAUGCGCAGCGAUCACCUCUCAAAGCAUAUCAAAACCCACUUAAACAAGAAAGCAGUGGCCGCUACUUGUGGCACCCCAGGGUCCAAUGACGCCGGCUCUCCUACAGCAAUUACAAAAGUCGAAGUGGGAGCAACAUCAAAUGAGCAGCACACCAUAGUCACCAUGGAAACCUUAUCUGCAGAGAGCAUAGCUCGAUUAGCCAGCAGUGGGAUCAACAUGAUGCAGGUGGACCUUCACCAAAUCAACGGCAACAGUUACUAAGGACACAGAGGAGCGGGAAGACAUCCUCGGUGGUCCGCAUUUGGACAUUUGAGCUUAAAAAGGGCAAAAACCUCUCAAACACUUCAGACAGGACGGAUGGCCACAAGAUAAAAGACACUAUCCAAUUUGGGAUUUGAGGCAGGAAUAUGCAUUUCAAACGAGUUCAAGACCUCUGUGGCAUUAAAGGGUCAGAGCUGAAAUCAAAUGUAAGAUUAGAGAAAAAAACGCCAUGAAAUGUAGUUUCCCCUGACUGGAAAUGGCACUACACUAGCAUUUGUCUCACAUGAAGACCCAAUCUUAGGUCGUAGAUGCAAUAAAAACACACAGACCUGCAUAUACUCGGCUAGUAAUAUUCUCUUUCCCAACUUAUUCAGUAGAGACACGACACUAAGUCAGAGCCCUUAUUUGAGCCUCGCUUGUUGUCUCUCUCUCCCUCUCAGGUGUCUCCUGCACAAAAGUGGCCCAGAAUAUUAUACUGAUCCUUAGCAAAAAAAAAAAAGUAUUUAGUUGUUAUACGUUUGUGGCUGCAUUCUUUUUCUUAAGGUAACCAUACAGUUGUACAACCUAACAAUUCUGGUAUUGUAUGAAUUUGUAAACCAGAUCAGGGUGGAGGGCUAGAAUAUUUGAUGUCAUAACCAGGUGAAAGCCACGAGCACUAACUGAUCAGUGUGAGGAAUUAAGUGUCAGGCCACUGAAAUCCUGAGAAUAACUCUUUAACCUCUUAUUUAGGUACACACAUUCAAGCCAUCAUGCUUUGAUAAAUUUAUCAUAGCAAAACUUUUUUUAAUGUAAAUAGAUAUAUAUUUUGGUAAUGUAAAGGCUAGUUUAGACAGGAUCAUUUGACAAGAUUGCCUUUCAGUUGUAUGAACUUCUCAUGCACAAUCAAUCUUAAUCUUAUAUUAUUACUUUUAUAUAUAUUUAGAUUACGUGUGUAAACUGACCAGCCUUUCUGUCAUAGAAAUUUCUAUACAGUCCAGAUUUUCCCAUCGAUUUAAUUUCUGUGGUAUAUGUGUCAUUUGAUACUCCGCCUUGAGCCCCUUCAGUUUCUCUUUUCUGUUGGUGGAAAGUUUUUUGUUUAGUCACAUCUGGUCAGAAGUAUUUCGUAAUGUCCAGACAGCAUGAAUAUGUAAGCUCCAAACCAAAGGUUCAUACUCAUUUUCUAAGUAAACUGAUGAGAUCUUUCUUUGGUCCAUGAACUUUCUAAUAUUUUUACUCUUGUCGUGCAUAUGUUCAAGUUCUAACUGGAAAAGAUCCAGCUUGAGGCAAGCCUCAGACACGCUUUUCUUUUGUUGUCCAGCUAUACAAGUUACAAACUGUUUCAAGGGUUGGAAGUUUUUUUCCCCAGAAGAUGCUCCUCACCUCUGUUAGGAUUUGUUUCUUUGUGUCAGAAUUCAGCUUUAUUUGAGAAGAAAAUUGUACCUUUUAUUAUGUCAGAAAAACGUGUUUAAAAUCUAUAUACUUACGUCAUCGGACAACAAGUGCUCUUACGUUCUGCCCCGUUUUAAAUAAGGGAUUUUAUAUUGUGUGUAUACAAUUUCUGCAAAUGCCAACAGCUGGAUUAAAAUUAUGACUAUA